GUCAUAACAAAUAGGCAUUAUGCAUAGUGAGAGAGAUAAAGGAGCCGAUUUGUAGACUUGAAACUGGCGGCCAAUCCUUUCGAACACGCCGGUAAUGCCGUAAUGAAACAGUCGAUGCUAACUCAAUUUUGGCCAGAAAUAUUGGAAACCGGCCUGAUACGUCGAACGAGAGAAAAUAUAUUGAGUUUAACCUUGGUAUUGCGUGCUCUAUUGUUAAAUUGUACAGUAAUUGGAGAGUCGGAAUUAAAUUUAAAAUGAAGCAAAAGAAAGCCUAUAUUUUUGAAAAUAACCUCCCAAUGCUCAAUUUUACUAUCUAAUUGUAUGCAUAAAUAUGUUUAUAUUUAUCAGGAAAAGAUACAUUAAAUUUAGCUUAUAUAAAGUAAAAGUUGUCAGUGAUGGAUCACCAUCACUAUGAUAACAAUCAAAGAAAUGUUCUUGGUUCACCAAGCAGAUGUUGUAGUUGUCUAACACAUGUGGUCUACCUACCAGUACCAGUUUUGAGGACAGAAGGAUGUGGAAAUUGCCAUCGGAUUCUAACUGGCUGCACGUCUUGCACCGGCAUCAGACACGAAUGCAACGAUGGCAAAAAUGUGCGUAAAUGCCAAUGCGUAGCACUGACGCGCAGAGCGUCUGAUCAAAGCGACGUUGAGGUGGAACUUCAAACGUCAGACUCGGAUUCCAUAUUCCGCACUCGAUCAUCAGAAGACCACAGACAGAUAGAACCCAGACUGAGCAGAGCAACGGCAUCUACAUCUAAUCCACAUUUACUGUCGGUUAAUACCGCUAACACAAUGACCAGAUGCGAGCAUGAUAAUAUGAUUGGAAGUAUGAAUAUUUGUCCAGGAGGACACUUAAUGCCUAUCGCGCGCAAUGGAGGUUUCAUGUUCUGCCCUGGAAUUCUACCAACAUGUUGUGCUCACGCCAGUAGAGUUGGGACGGCGGUGGCUACCCCAUCAUGUGAAAAAUGCAGUAAAAGUGAAGUUUCGUCUCCCCAAGAGACACCAACGAGUAUUGAUGAAAGAUGUAGUCCGAACAACCCAAAAGUGGCAACAGAUGAAGGAACGUCAAAUUCGAGGUCACAUCGGCGGUUGUCCGCAGACAGCGGUCGAGUCACAUGGUCUGAUAGUGGGGAAAGUGUGUUUUCAGAUUUUCAAUUUGGCGAUUCUCUUCGUCGUACUAGCACAACUACUACAAGAACAAGUGUCACAACAAGUCAGUGUCAGUUUAGUCUGACACCCACCAUUCAGACUUUUUCUCGAAUGCGAAUACCAUCUGCACCAGCGGAGAGCAAGUUACGGCCACGUGCUAUUAGCAAUACAGAUCUUCGGGGAUCGCGCCAACACUCAUCAGGAUCAGCUGAAGAUUCUGUAUUCCCAGCAUUUACAGAAGCCAUGAUCCAACCACGUUCAGUCAGCCACAAUCCAGAAUGGGAAGAACACAAGGAGAAAGACCCACCAUGCACAACCGAAUUAGUAACUCCACCCAACCCAAUGAAAAAUACCGCAUUCAUGUUUCAAAUUUCGCCAAGAACAAGCUUGAAUACCAGAAAUCAUAGAAAAUCGGAUCGUAUGGAAUACAUGAACGAAAGGAAUAAGCCAACGCAAAGAGCACGAGACCAAGAAGUAACAAGGAAAGGCGCGUCGUCGCCGAGUCUGUAUGGUGAGAACGUAGAGGGGAAUGGCCCCAAACGUUCAGUAAGUGAAAUUACACUACAGAAUCGUUCUCACAGCGUUGGAUUUAGGCAUGCAAGAAGCUCUCGAUUUUCGCCCGUACGACCCAGAUUAGGCCAAGUCAACGAAAACCAUUCUCCACCUUCAAGAAGACCGCGAAGCAGAUCACUUUUUAUGCCACCUGACGCUACUCAAUUCAGUGCAUUCACCGGACCAAGAUCGCCAAUGAAUCAUCAGGAAAUGAAGGCCAUGCGGUUGACGGAAAAGCCGGAAAAAAUUGAUUUUACUUCCUGGGUUAGAGUGCAAAAAUCUAAGGAAAUAGGAGGUGUUCUUAGUACAAAAGAAGGCAUCAAAGCUUAUGGUAUCACUGCAGUUCCUAGCCUCGGUGGAUUCGCCGUCACAGACGCUGAUAAAGUAAAGAUAAAAAUUUAUGGUUUGGAUGGCGAAAUGAAGCGUGCGUUUGGAACCCCAACCUGGCCGAGAUACGGGCGUGGCAUAACGAUGAAUCCGAAAAAGAAUACUAUCGUAGUGUGUCAUUUGUCUGAAGUAUGUACUUAUACAUUGGAAGGAGUAUCUAAAGAUAGAUUUGCGCACGAGAAAUUUACAGCAUGCUGGGGAAUCGUCUGCGACAACAAAGGGAAUUACGUGAUAACCGAUCCGAAAUCCUCAUCUGUAUUUAUACUGAGCCCUUCAGGCGAAAUCAAGAAUCAAAUAGGCGGAAAUUCUUCAGCACGAAAUAUUUCACAGAAGCAGCUCAAUUCUCGUCCACGUAUCGGGUUGAACAGCUGGAGAAAGAGCAAUAAGAAACGAGCCUCCAUAUCCGACAGAAACAUGUCAGACAGUAUACGAUGCCUGUCCAAUUUGAGUCUACCAAUUUCAGGAAUUGAAGCAUCUCGAAAAAUAAGCACGUCCAGCGCAAACGGAAAAAUACAAGUUCGAUUGCUGGCACCCAGAUACGUUGCAGUCAAUAGUAAAAACCAGAUUCUGGUUUCCGACACCAGACAACGAUGUCUACUAGUAUUCGAAGAAGAUGGUACUCUACUUUUUAGCAUCGGAGGUGGACGAACAGGAUGUAGAAAAUGUAAAAACAGGCGAAAACGCCAAGAUGAUCGAGUUGUCGAAAGGACUUUGUAUAGUUUAUCGCAAGAAAAGAUAAUUUGUUGGCAGAAUUCGGUGGAAAACGAUGCGAAGAAAGAGUCACCUUCGAGCCAACGAAAAUUGAGUAUUUCACCCUUGAGAAAUACGGACAGAGCAAGAUCGCACAGCUUUUUAACAGACAUAUGCAGUUCGUCUAAAGCUUUGUGCAAGGUCAAACACGAGAGGGUACGAGUUCUGGGAACGAUUUACAGGGGUAACGUUGGAAGAAACGAGAGCGUCGAAAGUCAGGAAUAUUUAUCAACACGAAAACAGGUUAUUGAAGAGAAUCCAGUAAACGAGGAAAAAAAUGUGGAACAAAAAUGCUCUCCAUCACAUAGUGUAGGAAGUCGCUUACACAGCCAUGGCAACCAAGCGUCAGAGCAGUGUAGUUCUUACAUUGACCUUACAGAAGGAAGAAACGACGAACAACAAACCAAUCAGUCUUCGAGACGAAACAGCCCUUCUAUGUUAACAAAGAUUGCUAAAAACAUCGGAAAACCGCUGUGGCGAAGAAGACGAAAGAAGGCUAAAAAGUUGAUGGCGUCGCAAGUAGCCAGGUGCGAAUCGAUUGGCAGUUUGUCAGAAGACGAACAAGGAGUGACAGAAGAAUCAGAAAAUAGGAAUGGCGGUAAUUAUGGCUCACAGUUGAAUCGUAUCCGUGAGACAGAAUAUCAAAAGCCUGGUAUUUCGCCAAGCACCAAUAUAACUACAUUCACAUACAGUAGUGAAAGAAAAUCGUCUGCUGAUGUCGUCAACUCACCAACCGAAAUAAAUGCCCCAUUGAAACAUAUUAAAAGCGAAGGCGACAUAAUAUCGGACGAUAACUUGAACGAUUACAGCAUUAUGAGCUUUACCUCAAGUCCCGAACAUGAGUUUGAAAACGAAUCUGACGACGAGGAGCGCCUGGCAUGUCGUAGAUGUCACGUCGAAGACCCGCGUGGCGUCUGUGUCGACGAAGAAGAUAAUAUUUUGUUGGUGGAUCGCGCACGUAACAGAGUCACCGUUUUUACUCCAGAAGGUCAUUUUAUACGCCACAUUUUAACAGACGAAAACGGUUUAAAUGAACCGAUGGCGGCGUGUGUCUUGCAUGACGGAAGUUUAGCAGUGACAGACUCGUCAAAUUGUGUGAAGAUUUUUCAAUUUGGCGAAGUGUGAUUAUUUUUAGAGCGGCUAAUAAUUUUUGGCAAAUUUGAUGCCCAAUAUAUCGUUUUAACUGCAUUCUUUUGGCAUGAGGUACGAUGGGUGCCCCACCAUUGGUACAAGUUGCAUUGGACAUUAUUAGUGCGCAAAUAGCCUGAUGUCCUUCGAUAGCAAAAUAUACUGGAUUGCCGGAAGACGUAUGCUUUGAACGUUUCCACUAUUUUCCACAAUGUUGAAACAAACGAAAUACUAUUUUAUUAUUAAAUUAUUUUCUCUUCGUUUUUUUUUUAUUCUAAUUAAAUAUUGAUUACUGAGAAAACCGCCAAAUAUAUAUCUGUUCCUAUCGCUUAUUUUUUUGCUUCCUUUUACAAAUUAUCGUUGAUGUUAUAACAAAUGUAAUAUAUAUAAUUUUAAUUUAGCUCAAUAUUAUGCUUGAAACAUACAAUAUAAGAGGAUAAACAUAGAUCUAAUUGCAUUUGAUUUUUUAAUUAUAUCGAUUAUUACUUAACAACAUCGUUUUAGUUUGAUUGCCAAAUCCCGUCCAGCUUAGAAUAAAUGACGCAACAAAAUAUACAUGGUCGUCUAUAAUUCAAUG